GUUUGCCACCGCAUACCGCCUCUCUCUCUCUCUCUCUCCACUGUGUUCGUUAACGACUCACCAACCCCGUCUUUCUCCUCCGUCACGCAUUCAUCAUGUCCGCUGGUGGCGCUGAAUUCAAGGCCGAGCUCCGUGCCGGCAAGCCGAAGUUCGGCGUGUUCCUGAACUCCGCCAACCCCCUGCUCGCCGGCCAGUUCAGCCACUCCGGCUACGACUGGCUGCUGAUCGAUGCCCAGCACUCCCCCGUGGACUCGAUGACGGUGGCGCAGAUGAUCGCCGCGAUCCGCGUGGGCCACGCCAAGGUGAUGGUGCGCGUCGCGAGCACGCAUGACCGCGCCGGCAUCCAGACGUCGCUGGACAGCGGCGCGGACGGCGUGCUGAUCCCGUACGUGAACAACGCGCAGGAGCUGCAGGAGGCCGUGUCGUGCUGCUACUACCCCACGGAGGGCACCCGCUCCGUGUACCAGCCGCAGCAGUGCAUGAACGCCGCUGGCCUGCUGGGCUACGUGCCGGCGGCGAACAAGAACGUGGUGGUUGCCUUCCAGGUGGAGACGGCGUCGUGCAUCGAGAACCUGGAGGAGAUCAUGGCCGUGAAGGGCAUCGACAUCGCCUUCUUGGGCCAGAACGACCUGUGCAUGUCCCUGGGCCUGUACGACGGCCGCUACGUGUUCCCGCAGAUGUACUUCUCGCCGGAGCUGCAGGCCGCGACCGACAAGCUGAUCGCGACGGCGAAGAAGAACAACGUGAUCCUGGGCCUGUUCCUCUUCGGCACGGACCGCGUCGGCGAGUUCCUGGAGAAGGACUUCACCUUCAUCUGCAUCGGCAGCGAGCUGCACCACGCGAUGACGCAGGCGGCCACGCACGUGAAGGCGCUGAAGGAGAUCUCCGCCGAGAAGGGCAAGCCGUGGACGAACCAGCCCAGCGCUCUGGUGUAA